CAGUAAUGUGUCAGUUGUGAUGGGUGUUGCGAGUGGAGGUUAAAGAACCAAUGUUUUGUUGUUGUUGUUCAUGAUGUUGUUAUGUUAUGCGCGCUGCAGUUUGUAAAUAUUAGAAACAAAAGAGAUUAAAUGACAAGCAAUAAUGUGAGAACGAAGGUUUUAUUUUACAAGCCUAAGAAGUGAUAAUAUGCCGUCUAAAUCCAUUCCGUUAACGAGUAGUAACGACAUAGGAUCGCAAAUUCGAUAUAGUGUGACAUCCCGCGUCUUUACCGCCUGUGAUGUGCUGCCUUGCUCUGCUGCGAGUUCUUCUAGGAAGGAAAGCAGUUUUGAUCCCCUGAAAAACUCUUUAGCGAAAAUGGACCAGUCCUUCCAAUAUGUUAAUAAGGUGCUUCAUAAUGUCAGUGACAAUUCAAGAAGUCAGAGUCUGCCUGACUGUUUAGACACCGUAAAGAAACCUUCGUUUCUAACCCAGGACCACAAUCAUGUGAGCAGCGAAGUGCUCUCAUCUGAAAAUGCUAAUGUUGCUGCGAGUACAUUAAAGCCAGAUAUCCUAAAAUCGAAUGAGGCCUGGUUCAGGACUUGGCCAGAGAGAGGAACUGAAAAGAUUGGUGUCAGCACUACGACCGAGUCUCUCUCGCAGCCAGAUCAGCAAAACGAAAUCCUACACACUGACUUAACCAGUUCGAACAUCUCAACAGGUGAAGGAUCUGUAGUCCAUAAGGAUAGAAACUGCCAGCACAGUGCUGUAACAUCGUCCAGUGUCUUAUGUCUGGUACCUAAUGGCUGCAUUGAUAGUGUAGAUAAUAUGCAUGAGAAUGUAAGCUGUCGAACUGUCCCUGUAACAAACGCAUAUUCCACUUUUUGUGACAGUUCCAAAUUUAGUGCAAACAGUUGUGAGAUUUCAGACGCAAAUGCGUCAACAGCAUCUGUUCCAUUAACACAAAUGUUGCAGUCUAUACCACUGGCAUAUAGUCCAGUAACUAGACAGUUGCAUAUAAUAUCUACAGGUGAAAGUCGAAAGAAAGAAAAUUAUGUUCACAUUUCGCCCCUAAAACAGUGUUGUCAUUCAGAUUAUGAAGAUAACAUCUGCCGUCCAAAAACAGUGGCGGGAGCGUGUAAUUGUGAAACAAAAAUAAAAAAUGAACUUAAUGUGGAUCGUGAGGACACAGUAAGCUUUGAAUCACCAUGCAGUACUCUUCAACGGUUGGGAACGUACGAAAAUUGCCAGUCACAUACAGACGCUAGUUCUUUUUCUAGUAUAGUUUCCAGUUUAAGUGACGCUUCGCCUUCUAUGAAUGAAGACAACAGUGCAGUGGACGAGGAAUCAAGAAUUCACAGUGGAGCAGAUCACGAGAGUCUCAGUUCAAGUGAAUUAAGUGCAUGUGAAGAAACUGGCCCAGCAAAAUUCAAACGAAAGGGGAUUUCCAGCUUUUUUAGCAGGGGAGUUUUCUCCUGGCGACGAGACAGUGGUGGACAGGGCUGUAGUCAUCCCGCGUGGCGCCUCUGGGGCUCUCGCACCUGUACCUCUGCCAGUGUUCCAGCAUCUGCAGUGGCUGCAUCAGCUGACGAAUCUCAGGGAGAUACGAAGCAGUUUACGGAUGUAAUUGCGAGCAGCUCGGCGUUGAUUCUGCAUAGGAGGCCAUCUAACUUGCCUGCAAAAUGUCCAGACGAAGAACAGAAACACAGGCAUGAGUACCAACGAAUGGUGGAGGCAGCAAGGAAGAAAGAGCUUAAAGAGGCGAAACUUCGUAAGAAGCAGCUUGCCCAGCAGCUACGGCAGGAGGAACAGCUUGCACAUGCAGCCCGCACUUGGAGUUCAGAGAUUCUGCCAAAAUGGGAUCAUAUGAAAAAUUCAAGGAAGGCCAAAGAUCUGUGGUGGCAGGGGUUGCCUCCAUCUGUACGUGGUCGUGUAUGGCAGCUUGCAAUUGGAAACGAUCUAAAUAUCACACCAGAACUGUAUGAUAUAUGUGUUUCAAGGGCUCAGGAGAGACUCCGUGUAGUUUCUGAGGAAUUGCAGCAAGAAAAUCAGCAGCAAGAUGUAAUAGAUGGAACAGAUAGUCCAGACAAGGAAUCUAGUGUUGAGCUUAUUCAACUGGACAUAUCACGCACAUUUCCAAACUUGUGUAUUUUCCAGAAAGGUGGUCCAUAUUAUGAUAUUUUGCAUAGUCUUCUUGGGGCCUAUGUAUGUUACCGUCCAGAUGUGGGAUAUGUCCAGGGAAUGUCUUUCAUAGCAGCCGUCCUGAUAUUAAAUAUGGAACCAGCCGAAGCAUUUAUCUGCUUUGCAAAUCUUCUCAAUCAGCCAUGUCACAUGGCUUUCUUCAGGCUUAAUCAAACUGUGAUGAAUGCAUAUUAUGCAGCAUAUGACUGUGUGUUCCACGAGAACCUGCCAAGGCUGCAUGCACAUUUCUCAUCGGCUAAUUUAACAGCUGAUCUCUACCUCCUUGACUGGUUAUAUACUGUCUUUGCAAAAGCUAUGCCACUUGAUGUAGCGUGUCGUGUAUGGGAUGUCUUUCUGCGGGAUGGAGAAGAGUUUCUUUUCAAGACUGCACUAGGUGUUCUUCAUCUACAUCAAGAAACAUUAUUGCAAUUGGAUUUUCUCCAUGGAGCUCAAUUUCUCACAAGAUUACCAGAGGACAUGUCAGCUGAUAGGUUAUUUAGAUCAAUAGAAUCAAUCCGCAUGUCUGUUGGGAAACUUCGUUUCUCGGAGGUGCUUGCCUCCCAUAUAGAACCUAGCUGAGAUACACCAAGAUGGGCAUAUCAAAAAGUCAAAGUGGCAGGCGUGGAAAUGAUGUUAUGACUGACUGGUUUCUUCAAGCAUUGGAAGUUUGUGACACCUGUGUUCUGACCCACAGUUAGAUCUGGAUGCUAGUGGUAAUAAUAUGCCGCCUCUUGUAUUUUCACUCCUGAAACCAACCCCUUCCAAGUGCCCCCUAUUCUGUUACCUUUUCUUUCAAUUCUGCCCAUCCCGUGUGUGUUUCAUUUUUUUUCUGUGAAAACCAGGUAACACAGAAGACAGUUCAUAUGUGAACUUCAGUAUGUGUACUUCUUGUAUCUUCUAUGCAUUUGUAUGAGUGGUGCUUCAUAUUUUUUGGUCUGUGCAGUGAUAGUUUGCUGACAGAUCUUAUGAAAUUUGUAGAUCAUACAUUGAUUGUUUCAAUUUUUACCACCUUGAUGUACAAAACUAGGUCUGUUAUACUUAAUUCAUUAAAAUUUGGGACAACUUGAGCAGUGAUACUUGCAUAUAACUUCAUUUGCCAUCCAUUAAGAAAUAAAUGGGAAAUUAUUAUUAAAUCCAAGUGUGUUUAUUUGGGAGAAGAAUAAUGUUUUAAAUAGUUAUGGAACCAUAACAGUGUGUAAAAUAUGUUUAUAUUAUUACAAGAUGUCCUUACUGUCAUUAACCCAAAGAGAAAAAAAUCUUCAGGGGAGCUGUUGCAUUUUAUUGAAUAUAGACCAAUGUCAACUUUUGUUGAAUAACUGGAUUGUGUUAAUAACACGUGGUCUUAAAGUUGUUAGUCCUCAUAGUUGUAUAUGAAGUCAUCUGGGAAAACAAUAGUGGUGGGCUUCUUUAUGUUAGUGUUUUACAGUGCAAAAGGCAUCACUUACACAUAUUGAUUUGCAAUUUGGGAUAUAAAGACCACUAUAUUAUCUACUACAUGUCUUGCAAUAUGAGACCAGCAUGUUGCAGCUUUGCCCCCUUCCCCCUUUCCUACUCAAGUCAUUUACUUCCACUACUAUAGUGAGGCAAGACAAAUCUAUAGGUCAUAUUUAUCUCAUGUUUUUUAUGAAAAAAGGCUGUAGAAAAUUUUAUUGUAUUUAAUGUCUGAGACAACGAAUUAAGUGUAAUUAAAUCAUAUAAGAAUGUGACACUCCUGUGCAAGAUGUGCUGUAAUCUACUUCAUUUAUAUGUGGUGAUUUCAGAAUCAUCACAGAUUUUGUGUGUGUAAAACCUUUUGUAUAUCUUCUGAUAUUGUACAAAGAAUUUAUUUUGUAUUAUAUUUGAACAUAAACAGCCACUUUCAUUUCCUGUGUGUGUGUGUGUGUGUGUGUGUGUGUGUGUGGUGUAAAGCAUGUACAGUAUUUAUAUGAAAUUUUUGUCAAUAUAUGAGAUUUAUUUUGUUGUACAAUAAUAAGGGCAUUUGAAAUUUUUUGCUGUAGUUAAAAUUGAGGGCUCAGAGUGAUACAAAACUAUAAAGUAUUUAUAUGUGUUUCUUUAUGAGAUAUGUUGUAUAAAAUGCAGAACAUUUAUGGUCUUGUGAAAGGAUGUCUUUGUUCCACAAAUCUGUCAAGAAUCUCUUAUUUUUAUUUGCCAUAUUGGUGAAUUAUUUCAUCCAACAUAAAAGCUUAUUUAUAUAUUUUAUUAGCCAGUUGAAAAUGUUGUUUUUCUCUGUAUGAAGCAGAGUGCUUCCAACACGAGAAGCAGUGUUAAUAUAUUGUGUCAAUUGCUAAUGUUGACUGACUGUGAAUCUCUUUCUGAAGGUUGUGAAAUUUGACUCCAAAGUUGAGUUUGAAAUGUUAUCAAAUGUUUCAUAUGAUCUUUUGAUGCAUGAGUUCCACAAAUAAAUGAAAUAUUGUGUACUGGCCUGUUGGAUUUAGGUAGUGAAAACAACACUUGAGUUUAAACUGUAUACAUUUAAAGUCACAUUUUGUGGCUGUUUUCUUUAUCCUGAUGCAUAAUGUAUUCAAUUUAUAUACUGAGUUUGAGAAGUUGGGAAACAAUCUGCAAUGUAAAAGCCAACAUCAUACAGUGCUUUGGUUUUCAAGCUUGCAGCUCAAGAAUGUAUGCCGUUAUGUGCAUGGCACCAUAAAAUGGGUCCGGAAAAAAAUUGUUCAGUUAAAAAAAAAUUGUAUUAAACUUAAAAUGGUGCUCUGAAUGAAAUGUGUACAAAAUCUUUGAUCUUUUAUUUUCAUUGAUAUACAAGCAACGGAGAAUGGUAAACAGUUAUCAAAUGCCUUGGGCAAAAAUGCUCAUAGGUCAGCUGUUCCAAGAGUAAUUUUACAUCUGUCAGUUUCAAGUGUAAUGUCUUCAGUUCUGUACCGUUGCACUUGGUGAAAACCUGGUAUGACCCAAUAAAUUCUAGGCAUUUAUUAAUGACUUCUUUUUGAUUUUUAGGGAAAUGCAUGUCAGGUGUAUUUGAAAGCAAACUGUUACAAAAUAUGAAUAAAAAUAAUUUCACAUGCUACCUGUGUGUUGUCCUGUUCAGCGAACUAAUUAUAUUUAUUUAUUGAUGCUAUCUUACAUUAAAAUUUGUGGCAUAACUUUUUCUUUUUAUUUAGAGUAUGAUCAAAUCAGAGAAAAAUGAUUGUCAUGCUGAAAAGUCUGAAGUCAUUACACUCGAUACAUAUAUCAUGUUGUCAUUUCAUUGUAGCUAUACUGAUACCAUACUAAUAACUGGCAAAAUGUAAUUUAUUUGUACAUUUCUUGCUUGUACUCUACUGUACUAUGUUACCUAACUAAAUAUUACAGUGCCUUAACUACGCAUGAAUGUUUCUUUAAAUCGUGUGUACUACAAAAAUGGCAUCAUUGUUAGCAGAAUUUAUUUUCUUAUUUUUGCCUGCAAAAAAUACUGUGUGUGUGUGUGUGUGUGUGUGUGUGUGUGUGUGUGUGUGUGUGUGUGUGUGUGUGUGUGUGUGUGUGUGUGUGCGUGAGAGAGAGAGAGAUUGAUUUGAAAUAAAAAAAAAAAGUUUGUUGUGGCUACUUCCUUGACAGGUUAUGAAGAGGGCAUAACUUAUUGUGAACUACAAAACUAAGUGCACCUUAAGUAGAAAAUGAAAUUAAACAUUUACAUAGAAAUUUGGAGGAGCUCUUUGACAGGGUAGCAGUGCGAUUAAAGACAUAUUUGCUUGCAGAAUUCUGCUGAAUUGAUAGAUAAACCUGACUGACACUAUCAACCAGAGAUUGUGUUAAAGAGUUAUUCAUACUGGACAUACUAUGAAAAGAUAAAGGUAAGGAGGAGAAUGUAGUGUGGACAAUGUCUUUCAUAAUAUUUUAAUUUCUUUCAUUGCUUUCUGCUGCACAAAUCUCAGUCAUGUUGUGUGGCCUUAAUCUUUAUUCAUAACUGUCUUAUAUUCUCUUGCAUUAAAGAAUAAUUUUCAAACAACAAGUGAGUCACUUUGCAACUGCCUCAAGAAGAAGAAGCAGUAGUAGAAGAUGAAGACUAUUCAGUUCGUCCCAUACUUACACAUGAAUACACUUGGAGGUUACUUCUGUCUUGGACAAAACAGUUUUAUUUUCACAGAAAUUUACUACUUUCACAUUGUCAUUGCAUAACAUAUUGUGGAAGACUCAUUCAUGUUAAAGUUUGCUACUGUCAUUGCAGCAUACCACCUAUUGUACUUUGUCCCUGUAAUAUAUUGGAUGCAUAUGUAGAAAGAGGUUGUAACAUCUCAUAUGUACUGAAAAAAAUUAAUUUCGCAGUAACUUUUUGAAACUAAAUAUGGUGUGAAAUCUAGACCUGCAAUACCUAUCAGUGACAAGGAUUUUGUGUAACUGGGCACCAGUGAAAUGAAGAACCCCUUAAAGUGAAUCCUCAUUGUUGCCUAGGUUACAUUCCAUAUUUAAGUGCUCAUAUGCCAAAAGACAAUGCUCUGUAAAACCAAAAGUAAAACGUUAUUGCUGGGCGAUUAACAAAAUUAGCUUUCUGAGGACCAACAUGAUACUCUUGAAUGGUAUGAUAGACAGUCAAAUUUCAUACAUCUCCUAAUAUUUGAAAAGGUUAGGCUUCAAUGUUUGGUCAGUAUAAGUAUCAUUAGAGAGAGAUGAAUAUUAGACAUGUUGCUCUGAAAAUUGUACACCCAUUUACCUUGAUGGGGAUGUUGUUGAUUGCUGCUGACAUGUGUGAAUUGUAUUUCUGUGUUUUUUUUUUUAAAAAAAAGAUAUCAAUUGAUUUUCUUUAAAUUUUUUAGUAGGAAAAAGGAAAGAUUUACUUUUGAUCUUUCAUGUAACAGUGAGACCUAUUGGAGUAGUUAUCAAAAAAUUGCUGUUUUGAGGCAUGACUUCUUUCCAUGUACAAGCAUUUCUCAUGCUGAUUAACACUUAUAAUUAUUUACAAUUGAUAAAUGCUUCCACAUACAUGAAUGAAUGGUUUCCAGUAAUUGUUGUCAUGGUAUAGUUUGAUGAUCAAAGUGAAUGCUAAUUGCAUAAGGAUAAAAACGCACUAGAUAGAUAUCCAUUGGUACAGUAUGGCAAACACAUUAAUUUCUCUUCAUUUCUGCCUCAUUUUUAAGAUCUUCUUCUAUUCUAGUAAACAAACAUUCCAUAUCAUUUUAUCUAAGAAUGUUUUGAACUGCAGGACUUCCAAAAGCCCAAAAGAGUUGCAGUAACUUUAAGCCUCAUCAUACUCUUGCUAAAUUGUUGAGGUGGCCAAUUACUUUAACCUUAGUUUGAGAUUUGCUUGAUCCUUGUCUGAUCAUUUUAAAUUUUGUUUAUGGUUUGUGUAAACUGUUUUAGAUUUUAGUGAGGAUGAUCCUGCAAUGAGGACACAGCAAAGUCCUUUCUGUGUCUAAUCUGCAUGAUAAUGCCAAGGGAAAGCUGUGUUACAUUUGAGAUAAAUUGUUUAAUUAUUUUAUUUAGCAUGCUCUCUACUUUUGGUAGGAAGUGUUGUACCCAUUUUUCUGGAAUUUCAUUUGCUUGUUUUUGAGCUACAGUGUUGGGAAAGCUUGCAAUACCAUUUAAGGGCAGAAUGAAAAGUUAUUACUUAAUCACAAAUUCUGUCUGUUUAAUAAUAUACUGUCAUUGAAGAAUGUUUUAGGUAAGCUCUUACCUGUCCAAGGCUGUGUCUGACUUUUCCUGUGAUAAAAGAGCUAUGACAGACCAACUGCAAGAUGUGCAUUUUUAGUAGCAACUCCAAUGAUUGAAACAAAUUGUUUAAGAUAUGAAUAUUGAUUUGAAUUUCAUACAAAGAAAAGCUUCUGUUGACAUUUAAUGACUAUAAUGUUCACAGAUAAUUCAGUUUUUUUUCUGGGAUAAAUGGCUGACCUCUGUUUCAGGGAUUUUAGUGACAGUAAUGUAAGUGGCAAAUAGCUACUAUGCAUAUAAACUUUAUAAGCCAAGUGGUGCAGUGCUUUUCUGUGGCAUUGUAUAUAAAGGGGUGCUUUUGAGUGUGCUGAUUGUCUCAUAUAUACCAGACCUCCAACAGCAAACUUUAAGAGGUGAUAGCAUUGACCCACACAAGGAAAAAGUCUAGUACACAUGGACUCCAAAAUUGCUACCUUAAGAGCUAUGAGCAAGUGCUCAGUAGAUGGGAUUUGUUUCCCAGUAGUGAAGAUGAAGAAGUCCUCCUAGCUCCUAAGGUAUUCACUGUAGAGCCCAUAUUUACUACCCAUUUUUCCUUGCUUUGGUCCAUACUACCAACUCUGAAGUUUUGUCCUAUUCACAAUACAUUUUAUUCAUUUCUCACUUCAUUAUUUGUCUGGGAGGAUGAGUGUUAGAUGUGCAGCGGAGUGUUGUUAUACUUUCUUGUACUAACUGUUCACUAUAAGAAGUGAAGGCCUAGUAGCUAACAGGAGUAUUGAUCUAAGCCAAAUACCAGAUUUCUUAGUGCAGCCAAUCUAGUCAUUGUUAGCUUUAGUGGUGUGCAUGUAAGAAGAUGGCUCUGUGAUCUGUUCUGCAUUGGGGAUAUGGAGAAUGCUUUUCAGUGUUGCCAGUGUGCUCCGUCUCUGAUCCGUGCCUCUUGCUUUAAAGCUUAUUAUUGUAUCUUGUUUGUUACUUUUUGCAGCUAUCGGAUUUGAGAAUGUGAGCUUUAGAGAGAGAAAAUGCUUUGAUACUACAUUAACCUCCACAUGUAGCCUAAUAUGAACAUGUUACACAAUAAAAGUAUUAAAAUUUCUCUGUUGUAAUGGGAAAAGUUCAGUUUUGAAAUAGCAGAACAGGCCAUAUUACUUUGGUUUAUUGUCCUUUAGGCACGUUUAACACUCCCUAACAAUGCCUAAGCUCUUCCAUACUUGUUUUAACAGUUAAGCUUAUUCCACUUUCAAGCAGAAGAAACAAUUGCUGCAUUGCAUUUUUACAUUAAUUUAACAGGCUGCAGUGGCAAAGUACCAUCAUGAUACCUAAACUAACAUGAAAAUUGAUGCUUAAUAUUCUACGGGCAUCCCGAGGUGCACACUACAGACAUGUGGGACAGAUUGGCGCUAUUGGUUGGAAUGUCGCGUGGCACAGUACACAAUGCUGCUGUGCAUAACAUUACCAUCCGCCUUCUUAUGUGCGCACCACUGUGGCAGACUACAGUGCGUUCAUUGUGUCUGCAUACUUGUACACGAAAGAUGUAACAAGUAAAGUUAGGUACCACAAAAACGUUAUAUGUAAGUAUUGAAAACUAUGGUUAGAAGCAACAGGAAACAAAUAAAUGUCAGUUUGAAGACAUUUCUGUCUUUAGACUGCUGCUACUAGCACCAAUCACUGUGCUGACUCGUCUUAGAGUGAGUGUUAAAUACCUAAUAUUCUGUGAAGUCACUCUUAAACAGCAUUAAUGAGGGUAGGGAACUGCAGUAUGCAAUACACAGCUGCACUUCUGAGUACCUUCAGGAGGAAAAAUUUGUGUAGUGCUGAUGUGUAUGAAAGUACAAAAAGCUAUGCUAGCAGUUGUAAUUAACACGUCCGUCCCCAAGAAGGAAAUGAGGAUACAGGGGUUCAUCACACAAACUCCUGGGUUCGAGGGGUGACAAUUGACAAUGAGAGAGGGGGAAGCAUUAAAUGUGAGGUCCUUGGAGAGUUAUUGAUGUGCACAUUGGCGAGAGGGCGGGGUGGGGGUGGGGGGGGAGAUAGAGAUAAUACGGAUUUCAAAAAAAGUCUCGUUAAGUGGCUCUAAAGUUCGAUAGAGAGAAACUCUAGCAGCACUAAAGAGAACAAUCAAACAGAAAGUUUGUUAUAUCUCAUUAUCAGACCAAUGGUACAAUCACUGCAGAGAUAUGUGUAUCUUGGUCAUGGCAAAGAAAAUAAGGAUGAAUAUAAUAUGAGAAUUUAAUCAUGGGAAUAAUGAAAAUGAAAGCAGUUUCAUUUGGUAAACCAUAUGGCGUUAGUCAUGCAGUUUUGCUAUGGCCACUGGCGGCCAUACAACAGUAAACUGGUUAAAUUGAACCUUGUGAGAAGUAGUAUAUUUACUUGCCUUGCAGUUUAAUUUGCAAUGGAGCUUAAACAUUGCUUAGCAAUGGAAGGAAUUUCAUUAGCCUUUGAUUAAAUGAUUAAAUCAGGCAGCAAGACAUGUAUGAACAUCUGUUUUCUUCCGUAUUAACUUCGUUAGUAAAGUCCCCCCCCCCAUGCGAUGCAGCACCCUUAUGGUAUCAGAUGCAUUGAAAUUCCCAUUUACGGCUUGUUGAUUUAAAUUUUAGAUCUUGCCUACCCAAGACACUACUUGCAGUUUGGGUUGGUAUAAUUUAUUAAUUAAAUAUAAGCUGUUUGGUACUUUUUCUGGUCACGUCACUACAGGGUGCAUGAAAUAAUUCAUUUAGUUGGUCAUAAAUUUUGACUCGCUUAAGUUACUUCGUAACUUAUUAUGAAGAGGACAAAUAGCUGUACCAGAUCUGCAAAUGUCACAUAAUACUUACUGCAGUUACUCUAAUAUAUUGUUGCAUGUUGAGAUUCAUCCAUGUUUGAGUUGCAAAAGCAUGAACUAUGACUGGAAUGUUAUGUAAGCAAUAUUCAGACAUAUCAUUUAUAUAUGCUUAUUAGCUUAUACAAUGUCUUUCAUUGUCUUACAAAAUAUUAAUAUUCAGUGUUCCCAUUGGUCAAAUAAGAACAGUCAGAAAUCAUAUGGCAUCAAAUACAUUAAAGGGAGUAUAAAGAAGAACAGUAAUCUUCUAGCUUAUACAUUAGAUACCAUCUCCAAACCGUUUUGUAUUCACUUGUUGUUUGACACACAAUUCGUAUUAUGAAAUCUGUCACUAGAAGUAUUUAUAUUGUUUACAAAACUGUCUCAUCUGACAACAAGAAAUGCCAAAAAAUCUGUACUUUUUUCUUACAGUAUGUGAUAAAUGUGAUCUAGUACAAACAGAUCUUUGCUUUUUAUGGUGGAAAAACUGGGUAUAGAAGUUCUAACUUUUCUGAGCGAGAUAUUUGUCAGUUGAGCCAAGCCUCUUCAGUUGGAAAACUAUGUAGAAAAGGAUAAUAAAUUUAGAAACGAUUUUUUCUUUCAGAAAAAAGUAAAAAAAAGAAACAUUCAAAUACUGAAAGCUUCUGCUGUCAGAUAAAAUGGGGUGUGAUGAAAAUCACAUUUUCUUUGGGCACAACUUUUCAGUCUGUCCAAGGAGUUGCACUGAAUCUCAUAAGAUGUAAGUGCCUCUUGUAUCUUUUAUUUUUACAGUGGUGUGGUUUCCUUCAUUGUUAAUAAAUAAAAAUGGUGCCAAAUUGUGUUCAAUGAGAACUGAAAUGGAAUGUUUGGGAGUGGUUAUUUAUGAGAGAACUCCAUCAAUAUGUCAGAUGAAUUGUUUGAUAAUUCUUUGUUUCUACAAUUUGUUAUUCUUUCAUAAUGUGUAAAAUUUUGAUAAAACCAGAGCACUCAUUAAAAAAAAAAAGAA